AUGCAGCCACUCCAUUUUUCAUACAAGAAAUACAACAUUAGUUUACCCCUACCUGUCCUUGCUGUUUCUCUUGUGCUGCUGCUCUCCUUGGCCACCCCCAUCAGUUCUUGCACGGAGCAGGAGAAGAAAUCUCUCCUCCAGUUCCUUGCUGGGCUCUCUCAAGAUUCUGGUCUUGCCAAGUCAUGGCAGGAAGAAGGCACUGAUUGCUGCAAAUGGGAAGGGGUCACCUGCAAUGGAAACAAGACAGUCAUUGAGAUUUCUCUGCCAUCUAGAGGCCUUGAAGGGAGCAUCACGUCUCUUGGCAACCUCACCGGCCUGCAGCAUCUUAACUUGUCCUACAAUUCGCUGUCCGGUAACCUGCCCCAGGAAUUGGUGUCAUCCAGCAGUAUCAUUGUCCUUGACAUCAGCUUUAACCAAAUCAGUGGAGACUUGCAUGAACUACCGUCUUCGACCUCUAGCCAACCUCUAAAGGUACUCAACAUCUCAAGCAACUUGUUUACAGGGCAGUUUACAAUCGCAACAUGGAAGGGGAUGGAGAAUCUAGUGGCGCUCAAUGCCAGCAACAACAGCUUUACUGGGCAGAUUCCAAGUCAUUUCUGUAACAUAUCACCAAACUUUGCUAUCCUUGAACUCUGUUACAACAAACUCAGUGGCAGUAUCCCCCCAGGACUCAGUAAUUGCUCCAAGCUCAAAGUGCUCAAGGCUGGCCACAACCACCUCAGUGGGACUCUCCCUGAUGAACUCUUCAAUGCGACCUUGUUGGAGCAUCUCACUUUUUCCAGCAACGGUUUACAUGGAAUACUUGAGGGCACACAUAUAGCCAAUCUCACUAAUCUGGUCAUCCUUGAUCUUGGAGAAAAUAAUUUCAGCGGAAAGGUACUCGAGUCCCUACUUCAGCUCAAGAAAUUGCAGGAACUUCAUUUGGGCUACAACAGCUUCUCUGGGGAGCUGCCAUCAGCCCUGAGCAACUGCACAAAUCUCACAAACAUCGACCUCAAGAACAACAAUUUCAGUGGAGAACUCACCAAGGUCAAUUUCUCCAACUUACCCAAUCUACAAAUCUUGGAUCUUAUGGAGAAUAACUUCAGUGGCAAAAUUGCAGAAACCAUAUACUCAUGCCACAAACUAACUGCACUGCGUCUAGCUUAUAAUAAUUUCCAUGGUCAGUUAUCAGAGGGACUAGGCAAUCUGAAGUCACUCUCGUUCCUUUCACUUACUGGCAACAGUUUUACGAAUUUGGCAAAUGCACUUCAGAUACUAAAGAGCUCCAAAAACCUCACCACCCUUCUUAUUGGACUCAACUUCAUGAACGAGACCAUGCCAGAUGAUGAAAGCAUUGAUGGUUUUGAGAAUCUUCAGAUUCUUUCCUUGACUGGAUGCUCAUUGUUGGGGGAAAUACCUUAUUGGUUAUCGAAGCUAACAAAUUUGCAGAUGUUAUCUUUAGAUGACAAUCAACUAACUGGGCCGAUUCCUGACUGGAUAAGCAGCCUAAACUUCCUGUUCUAUCUACAAAUAUCAAAUAACAGUCUGACAGGGGGAAUUCCUACAGCGUUAACAGAGAUGCCGAUGCUAAAAUCGGAGAAGACUGCGGCACCUUUGGAUCCAAGAGUCUUUGAAGUACCAAUUUAUUUAGGCACAUCACUUCAAUACAGCAAGGUGAAUGCUUUUCCAAUACUGCUCGACCUAGGAAACAAUAGUUUCACUGGUGUGAUCCCUCCAGAGAUCGGUCUCUUAAAAAAGAUCCAGUCACUUAAUUUGAGCUUCAACAAACUAUAUGGGGAUAUCCCCCAAUCGAUCUCCAACCUCACCAACUUGUUGGAGCUUGACUUGUCAAGCAACUAUCUAACUGGUGCAAUCCCUGGAGCGCUGAACAAUCUACACUUCCUUACUCAAUUCAAUGUUUCUUUCAAUGACCUAGAAGGGCCUGUGCCGACCACAGGCCAGUUUAGUACAUUUACAAAUUCCAGCUUUGGUGGCAACCCGAAGCUCUGUGGUCCUAUGCUUAUUCAGCACUGCAGUUCAGCUGGAGCACCUUUCACCCCCAAGAAAAAAGUAGAUAACAAGACAGCUAUAUUUGCACUUGCAUUUGGUGUAUUUUUUGGAGGUAUCGCCAUCCUGUUAGUGCUAGCUCGCCUACUAGUCUUGUUACGGGGUAAGACUUUCACCACCAUAAACAGGAGCAACAAUAAUAGCGAUAUAGAAGCGGUAUCAUUCAGCUCCAAUUCAGGGCAUUCGUUGGUGAUGGUGCCAGGAAGCAACGGAGAUGAAAACAAGCUCACAUUCACUGACAUUGUGAAGGCAACAAAUAAUUUUGGCAAGGAGAACAUUGUUGGGUGUGGAGGUUAUGGACUAGUAUUUAAGGCCGAGCUACCUGAUGGAUCCAAAUUUGCAAUUAAGAAGCUCAACGGUGAGAUGUGCCUUGUGGAAAGGGAGUUCACUGCUGAGGUUGAAGCACUCUCCAUGGCUCAGCAUGAAAAUCUUGUGCCACUGUGGGGUUAUUGCAAUCAUGGAAACUCUAGGUUCCUCAUAUAUUCUUUCAUGGAAAAUGGCAGUCUGGAUGAUUGGCUUCACAACAGGGAUGAUGAUGCUAGCACAUUUCUUGACUGGCCGACGAGGCUGAGGAUUGCCCAAGGAGCAAGCUGUGGUCUUUCCUACAUCCAUAAUGUCUGCAAGCCACACAUUGUGCAUCGUGACAUAAAAUGCAGCAACAUACUGCUUGACAAAAAAUUCAAAGCUUAUGUUGCAGAUUUUGGGCUGUCAAGACUGAUCCUGCCCAACAAAACUCAUGUUACGACCGAGCUAGUUGGCACUCUUGGUUACAUUCCCCCUGAGUAUGGGCAUGGGUGGGUGGCUACUCUGAGAGGUGAUAUAUACAGCUUUGGAGUUGUCCUACUUGAGCUCCUCACAGGAUUGCGACCUGUUCCAGUCCUGUCAACGUCAAAAGAACUUAUCCCGUGGGUGCUGGAGAUGAGGUCUCAGGGAAAGCAGAUUGAGGUCCUGGAUCCAACACUCCGUGGCACAGGGCAUGAAGAGCAAAUGCUGAUGAUGCUAGAAGUUGCUUGUAAGUGUGUGAACCAUAACCCUUCCAUGAGGCCAUCUAUAAUGGAAGUAGUCUCAUGCCUGGAAAGCACCAAUGCUGGCAAAAGUCAGCCAAGGCAUAGCAGUUACCAUCCAGUUACACAUGAUGGUACUGCAGUUCGGUGA